AUGGACGACACCGAACGACGCACCGCAAAGCGCUCGCGCUUCGAUCAGACAGAGCCAAAGCGCACUUCGAGAUUUGACAGACGCUCGCGAUCUCCCCCAGCCUCGAAGCCGGAUCCCGAAUCUAGACGCAGCAGGAGCCCGCUACCACGAGCCUCUGAUAGCCCCGCCACGGACUCUGCGAAGAAAGGAGGAGUUGAUCCUGCUGCUGCUGCUGCUGCUGCGGCCGCCAGAAUCAAUGCCCAAAUUCAGGCCAAGAAGGGGAUCCAGCAUGUCGAUGUUCCUCCCAUCCUAUCAACCUUGAGCCCUAAGGAACCAAGUAUGGCAUCCCCAGGAGCCUCAGGUUCAGGAAAUAGCGCAGCUUUGGUGAAUGGUGAGAUGUACAUUGCAGACGGCGACUACAUUCGAGAUAUCGAGGUCAAUGACCUGCGGAAUCGUUAUACACUGACCAAAGGCUCUACGCAAAAGAUGAUUAAAGAAGAAACCGGUGCUGAUGUCACGACCCGCGGGAACUAUUAUCCGGACAAAAGCAUGGCCACGGCUGCUAAUCCACCCCUGUACCUACACGUCACGAGCACGACAAAGCGUGGUCUCGAGCAAGCGGUAGAAAAGAUCGAGGAACUCAUGAAACAAGAGCUUCCCAAUCUUGUCGACGAACGAAGAUUUCGACGACGAGAACCAGAGCAAGUUGAGAGAGACGAGUUUGGCAGACGUAAAUGGCCUGAGGAGAGAAUUUCCAUUGACUUCGAACCACUGCCUGGCUUCAAUCUCAGAGCUCAAGUUGUUGGUCACGGAGGAGCGUAUGUUAAGCAUAUUCAACAGGAGACCAGAUGCCGUGUUCAGAUCAAGGGCCGUGGUUCUGGAUUUAUGGAACAUGGUACUGGUCGUGAGAGUGACGAGGAGAUGUACUUGCAUGUUGCUGGUCCCGAUCCUAAUGAGGUCCAAAAGGCCAAGGAACUCUGCGAAGACCUGCUGAAGAACGUUAGAGAGCAGUAUGAAGAGUUCAAGACUCGCCCUCCUCAACGUGGCUAUGGAACUACCGGUUAUGGUGGAGAGCGUGGCUACGGUGAUCGUGCUCCUGAUCGGUCAAACUCAUAUGGCGGCUCAGGUGGAGGUUAUGGUGGCUACACUGGCUCACCUGCACCAAAUACCCCAGGAGCUGUUCUGAGUCCAACAACCCCAUCUGCUCCUGGCGCUGGUAGUCCGACAUCUGCGGCUGAUUAUGCAGCUCAGUACGCUCAGUACUACGGAGGUGCAGAUCCUUACGCAGCCUACGGAGGUUAUGCAGCUUAUGUCCAGUAUUAUCAGCAAUACAUGGCUGCUGCGGCUGCCGCACAACAACAAACUGGCGCUCCAGGCUCCGGUUCAGCUCCUCCCCCACCACCGAAUGAAGCACCGCCCCCUCCUCCGCCUUCCGGUUCUGGUUCUGGUUCUGGUGGCUAUAAUGCCGUACCACCGCCUCCUGGCAUGUAA